GGAAAUUUUUCUUAACAUUACAUGAACUCUCGAUCCAGGAAACUACGAGAUUCAUCUUCCUGAUAUAGAUCUUGGCUAUGUGUCGUUCUCGGAAAUUUCGCCCCUCCUCAAGGGUUUUACGCUCUGCUUUUGGUUAAAGACCUCUCAUGUUGGUUUUUUCAUCGAAUAUAAAGUCUCCAAGGAGCAUGGCGAGUCGCUGCAACUGGGAUGCUACGUCAGUAACGACACUUUUGUAUUACAGAUGGGAAAAAGAAGGAGCAAUAUAUCGAUGGGCGUAGCAGAUGACAUGUGGCACCACGUGUGUGUAUUGUGGAAUGUUCGUAAGGGGCUCAUGCAGGUGUUCAAAGACGGCGAGAGAAGAUAUAGUUCAUUUGAAUUCCAUUUUACGCCGAUCGAAGGGGGAGGAACCAUGACCAUUGGUUUCAGAAAUUCCAGCGAAAAUGCGUCAAUUGCUUUGGGUGUAUUGAGUGGUUUCAAUCUGUGGGGUCACCCAAUGCCAGUCGAGGAGAUACUGCGCAUGUCAUUUGGAUGUGACAGCGAAGAUGGUGACGCGAAGGCCUGGAAAACAGUCAGAAAAGGGUUGCAGAAAGAAGUAGAAGUGAAGUGGUUUCGAACCUGCAGCGAUAGAGGAGGCAAGUUCAUAGUCACGAGAAUUUGAUUUCAAUCGGUCCUU